UUCCCCCCUUGCUGCCUCUCGCGCUCCUGCCUGAGGAGCAGUUAUGCGCCGUUGUUGGUUGACCUAGUCAGUCGAUUGAGGACCGAAGAGUCAAACGGAGGCUGGCUUGGCUUCUUCCUCCCGCGUUUCCGAAGCUCUCUCCUCAGCGAUGCCCGGGGCGGUUCUGCUGGUGGUGGCCACCGGGGCCGCCCUCAUCGUCGCCUUCCUGCUGCUCUUCUGCAUCGUUGCGCCUCUGACCAGCCCCAAGCCCCUGGCGCUGUCCGGCGCGCACGUCAUGGUAACUGGAGGUUCCAGUGGCAUUGGAAAAAGCAUUGCAAUUGAAUGUUUUAAACAAGGGGCAUUUAUAACAUUAAUUGCAAGAAAUGAGAGUCGACUAUUGGAGGCAAAAAAAGAAAUUGAGAAGUUCUCAGUUAACGAUAAACAGGUUGUGCACUUUAUCUCUGUUGACAUUUCGAAAGACUGUGCACAUGUGGCAAAAGUCUUAAAACAAGCUCAAGAGAAGCUGGGUCCAGUUGACAUGCUUGUAAACUGUGCUGGAACAUCAGUUAAUGGAAAAUUUGAAGACAUUGAUGGCAGUAAGUUUGAGCAAUUGAUGGCUGUGAACUACCUGGGCAGUGUUUAUCCAACUCAUGCAGUAAUCACCACCAUGAAGGAAAGAAGGAUGGGACGGAUUGUAUUUGUGUCAUCCCAAGCCGGACAAGUUGGUGUGUUUGGCUAUUCAGCAUACUCUGCAACAAAGUUUGCUCUUCGAGGUUUAGCUGAAGCAUUGCAAAUGGAGGUUAAGCCCUAUAAUAUCUACAUAACAGUUGCCUAUCCUCCAGAUACAGACACACCUGGCUAUGCAGAAGAAAGUCAGACCAAGCUUUUGGAGACAAAGCUUAUUUCAGAAGCAUCAUCUAUUUGCCAUCCUGAUCAUGUCGCCAGAAUUAUUGUUAAAGAUGCCAUUCAAGGAAAAUUCUUCAGUUCUGUUGGUGCAGAUGGUCACAUGCUGGCAAUAUUGACUAGUGGAAUGUCACCAGUCUCUUCUAUUGCUGAAGCUCUAGAGGGGGUUAUUUUUAUGGGAUUUUUUCGCUUCAUUAGCUUAUAUUUUAUUGCAAGUUUUGAUAGCAUAGUUCGCCGUUGCAUGGUACAAAAAGAAAAAUCUGAAAAGACGGACUGAAUGACUUUCUGAAUGGAUUUUUUUUUAUAAAGUUGGACAGUUUGCUGCAAAAUGGAACUAUAUCUGUGGCCUGAAUAUACUCUACAUGGAAGAAGUGGUGAUCUUCAGUGAUGAAAGGAGGCAAAUGAAAAAUCUACUAAAAAGACAUUGUGAAAGGGCUAAUGAAGAAGACUGCAUUUUUGUUUUGUUUUUUCUGUGAUUUGAAGUAAACACAGACUUGCCUUUUUUAAAAAGCAGGACUUCAGAGUAGCCUAUCCAAUGGCAGUUUUGGAACAGUACUAACGGUAACAUUUUUGAUGCAGUGAUCCACUUUCUAACCUUGGGCUGGUUCAAACAUACAUUCUUUCACUUAGUACAAUUCUCUCACAUUUCUACAUGACCUGGGCUGUGUGACUGAUCCCAGGGGCUCUGUACAAUGUGUUUAUAUGAUUGGCCAGUAUGUGUGGAGUGGUUCAAACAGUUGAGGCAAAUCUAGUCACAACAGCAAAAUUAGCCAAAAAUAAAGUGCUUUCUUUUCAGAAUGAUGCACAAAUUGAGCCAAAGUCUGUUUUGUGAGGUGGCAAAUUAGAAUAUAAGUUUGUGGUUUGAUGCUAGAGUACUUUUUAAAUGAGUAGACUCCUCCUUGAAAUAUUAUGUGAUAGUAUUUAUGAGAGAACUGUAUCAACCUAGAGAAUGAACACUUUGAAUUUGUUCAAGGGAUUAGUUUUGAGUUCUUACCAGGAUUUGGACACUUUUGAAUUAUGUUCCCAUUCCUGAACUGUAGGGUUAUGAAGUAUUUUCCCUAUUGUAUUAAGCACUAUAUUAUAUAUACAUAUAGAUGAAAUUUCAGUGGUAGCAAUCUUGUUAUAUGGUCCCAAUUUCUUUGUAUGAAGGCAAUGAAGUAUACUUAUAAAUAAAUAUUUAGAUUCCCCUUCCAGUGGCAGCAACUUGCAAGGUCAUUAGUAUUGUUUCAAGGUUUUAUUCCAAGAUAUCUAUUUCAUUAACUGUGUGGAAUUUGGUUUUACAAAGCACUCUUUGGUGGCAUUUAGGGUAUUGUAUUCCUGAGUUCCUGUUGGUUACAGAUACCAUAGAACCGCAGUGUUCAGUUUGGUCGUUUGGAAAUAUUUUCUCCUAUACCAUAUCAUUAUCCAAGUGCCUAAGAUGUCUCUCUGAUACAAGUUUCAGCAAGCCAGUUUGUUGGUUCCAGAACCAGUGGUCUUUGGCUGCCAGAAAUAAAGGGGUAUGUGGAGAUUUGGGUGAGAAGGAGAUUCUUGAAAGCCCAGAAAAGUCAGCUGCUUCUAAUUCAAUUCCAGUAUGAGUGUUCCAGAUGUUAGUAGAUUUAACAGUUCUUAAAACAUGAUGCAGUCACAUCAACUGCUUAAGUACUGAAUGGCAAUGUUUACUUUUUUAUUCUUUCACACAGGCUUAAAUGUUGGCUCUCCAAGUGUUGGACAUGAUAGCUUCCUCUAAAUGUAAGCAUUUAGGUCAUUUGAUAUUUUGAGGCACUGAAAAACAUUGUUAAUUAGAAGAGAUAGAGAUUGAUGUAAUAAUGGUUUAUGGUGAGUAGUGCCUGGUGUUGUGUCAAAACCGCCAAAACCUUGACUUGCAAGUCCCACUCUAGUUCCAGUUACCAGCUGUGAUUCAGUGUGGUUUGAUACUUAGUGGAAUUUUACAGCUUUGUGUAUAUUUGCUGGAAUGUUUAAAAUGGAACAUUUGAACUAGAACUUGCUUUUCUUGUUUGCCAUAUUGAAUUCCUACCAUUGAAGUUAGUGAAUGUACUAGGCUAUUCAAGUGCUGCAGAAAACCAUUCAAGCCGCUUAACCAUGUGUUCAUUUCAAGCUUCAAAUUCUAGGUACAGUGGAGUAGUUCACAAAUGCCAAAUAGCCAAAUCAUUUAAAGAAAGGUUGAUCACUUAUACAUUCAUUUAAGCUCUCCCACUGAAAUCAGUGUGCUUUAAUGUGCUCAGAUUAUGCUCUCAGUCUCUUCACAGUUGGAAAAAAGUGUCUUGUCAUAUUUCCAGGCUUGCUCUUUAACUCUAAAUAUUAAACUUUCUCGUGUUACUUAGCAUUAGGGCUCAUGUUCAGCUCAACUGGAUUUAAUAGUAACUGAAGAAAAAGAAGGAAAUGGGUAACUAGCCUGCAAUUGUAUACUGUGAAAAAUGUUAUGCACUUUUAAUGUUAAUAGUGAAUAUGGCUAAGACCCAUAGCUCGCUUAAGCUUGUUGCUUACAAAAUGUUGCACCAGAAUUAUGAACUUUAAUAUUUUGUAAUUUCAUUAAAUAAAUGGAAAAGUUAUGUUUCA